AUGGCUUCAGACGAUGAGAAGCGAGCGGGCAAGCUCGAACAGGAGUUGGACAGUAGCUCCGCCGAUGUCAACAACGCUGACAGCACUGUCAUGACCGAAGGUCUCCAUCGCCGUCUCGGCAACCGCCAAAUCCAGCUCAUCGCCGCCGGUGGAUCCGUCGGCACAGCUCUAUUCAUCAGUAUCGGUGGCGGUCUUGCCAAAGGUGGCCCCGGUAGUCUGUUCCUCGCUUACCUGAUAUACUCCAUCAUCCUGGGUCUCGUCAACAACUCCAUGGCCGAGAUUGGCACGUAUAUGCCCGUGGCCGGCGGUUUCGUUCGUCUUGCUGGCUACUGGGUCGAUGACGCUCUUGGCUUCGUUGCUGGCUGGAACUUUUUCCUCUACGAGGCCUUGCUUAUUCCUUUUGAAAUUACUGCUUUGACCUUCGUGUUGUCUUUUUGGAACGAGAAUAUCACAAACGCCGGCCCGACUGCCGGCGUUUGCGCUGCUGUGAUUGUGUGCUAUGGUCUUCUCAAUGUGCUUGCAGUGGGCACCUAUGGUGAAGCUGAAUUCUGGCUUUCUGGCGGCAAGGUUAUUCUCAUCUUCCUCCUCUUUGCCUUUACAUUCAUAACCAUGGUCGGCGGCAACCCUCAGCGUGAUGCCUACGGAUUCCGCUAUUGGGCGAACCCUGGCGCGUUUGCAACGUUUAUACACGAAGGUGGCCUUGGCCGGUUUGAAGGCUUUCUUGCUGCCAUGUGGAGCGCCUCCUUUACUGUUGUCGGCCCCGAGUAUAUCUCCAUGGUUGCUGCUGAGGCUAAGCGCCCUAGCAUUUACAUCAGGAAUGCGUUCAAGACCGUCUACUUCCGAUUUGGUCUGUUCUUCAUUGUCGGAGCGCUUGCCGUCUCUGUCGUCAUUCCCUAUAAUGACCCUGCUCUCGUUGAGAUCUACUUUGGCAAGGGAGGUACCGGUAGUGCGGCCGCUUCGCCUUAUGUUAUUGCCAUGGCUAACAUGGGUAUUGGUGUCUUGCCACACAUCGUCAACUUUCUGAUCUUCACGUCUAUUUUCUCCGCUGGCAACACCUUCGUGUACUGCUCCACCCGUGCCCUCUACGGCCUCGCUCUCGAGGGACGCGCCCCCAGAUUCCUUCGCUACGUCAACAAGAGUGGUACCCCUAUCUACUGCUUCUGCAUUGUUAUGCUCUUCCCCUUCCUCUCCUUCCUGCAGCUUAGCGCAGGUUCCUCCGAGGUUUUAAACUGGCUUGUCUCCAUCGUCACAGGUGCCGGCCUUAUUACCUUCAUGAUCAUGUCCAUCACCUUCAUCAACUACUACUACGCUUGCCAGGCGCAGGGCGUUGACAGACGCACUCGGCCUUAUUAUGGCUGGUUCCAGCCAUACGGCGCCUACAUCGCCCUAGUUUUCCAGUUCCUCAUUGCCAUCUUCUACGGAUAUAGCGCUUUCAUGCCCUUCACCGUUGCCGGCCUGUUCCAAAACUACACCAUGCAACUGUUGGCACCUAUUCUGUUCAUCGGCUGGAAGCUCAUCAAGAGAACCAAGUACAUCAGGCCCAAGGAUGUCGACUUGGUUUGGGAGAGACCUGCCAUUGACGCCUACGAGGCCGCCUUCAACGAGCCCAUCACCGGCUUUUGGGAAGAGUUGGGCCACAUGGUGGGCAUUGGCAGGAAUAAGAGAAAGAGCACAGAGCAAGCAUGA